CCUGUUACGAAUGGAUAUCCGCUGCUGAGGUGGGAUUCCCCUAUCAGACCUUACAUAUAAUGAGGGGGUUGAUCCCUUGUGUGAGCCUUUGGCUCAACUACAGACAGCGAGGAAAGCAUUCGACCUUCACGAUCGGCGAGGAAGCAUGCGACCACUUUCCCUGUUCGGCACAUUGGCCCUGUGCGGCGGCGGCGCCGUUGGGGCCGCGAUCUCAGACGGUCCGCUAGCCGUGGACUUGAGCGGCGUUACAUACCGCGGCUUGCGUCGUAACGGGAUCGAAGUAUUCCUGGGCAUCCCGUACGGGCAGGACACGAGCGGUCCUAACCGCUUCAAGCCUCCGCGGCCUUUUGUACCCGUGCCGGGGAGCACCUUCGAUGCCCGGUCCUAUGGUCCACCCUGCAUCCAGUCCCUGGGAGAGGGCAUCCCGCCGCUCACAUUGUCCAAUACGACCGAAGUCUCGGAGGACUGUCUCAAUUUGAACGUGGCGCGACCAAGAGGUCUCCCCUCUGGGAAGAACCGCCCGCUGCUGCCCGUAAUGGUGUUUAUUUACGGAGGUAGCUUCGUGGCCGGCCAAACUCAGGAACUAUCGACCGCACCGGACGGCUUGAUUCUCGAGUCCGUGGAGAAUGGGCUCCCCAUCAUCCACGUAGGCAUGAAUUAUCGCGUAGGGGUCUUCGGGUUCGCGCAAUCCGACGCCCUCGAGGCAGAAGGUUCGGAAAACGCUGGCCUAAGGGACCAACGCCUCGCUCUCGAGUGGGUGCGCGACAAUAUCAAGCAAUUCGGGGGCGACCCCGAACGGGUCACGAUCUUCGGCCAGUCUUCGGGAGGUCUGGCCGUCACCAUGCAGAUCCUCGCCUAUGGCGGGGCACGGCCUGCGCCCUUCCGGCAGGUCAUCGUCGAGAGCACGGCGCUCGAACCCGGGAUUACGGGCACCUUCAGCGCGGACGCCUUCCGCGCUAUUGUCGAGGACGUUGGUUGUGGCGGCACCUCGAACUCUACCGGCGCCAGCCCCGAGACGGCUGACGUGAAUUCGCCCGAGACCGUGGCUUGCCUUCGCGCGCUCGACGUCUCCGCCCUACAGGCUGCCGCCGAGAAUACGGCCGUCGGUGAUAUCGCGCAUAACAACGGCGAUAUCUGGCUACCCGCUGUUGACGGGGACUUCCUGCCGGCGGCACCGUCGCAGCUCCUCACGGAGGGCCGGUUCUCGCGCGGCGUCACCUCCGCUAUGCUCGGCUGGUGCGAGGACGACCUGGCGCUCGGCGCGCCCGAGGACGCCACUACCCCCGAGGACGUCCGCGCCUUCGUCCGCGCCUACCUCCCGGGCCUGUCGGCGUCAGCGCUCGACGCCCUACUCGCGCUGUAUCCGUCGGACUCGUUCCCGCAGCCCCCGGCCGACGCCGCGAACGGCAUCGCCAGCGAGUUCCGUCGCGCGGCACGCAUCUACCGCGACGUGCUCAUGACGUGCGGCGCCGUGCGACUCGGCGCGGCUCUCGCCGGAGACGGUGCCGCCGCGUACCUGUACUCGUGGAACCAGACGAUCCUCGACUCCAUGCUCGCCGAGCUGUACGGGCUCCGGGGCCUCGGCGUGGUGCACACGUCCGAGUUCGCGUACAUCUUCGGCAACCUGUCGCGCUACGACAUACCCGGAUGGGGCUUCGCCGCCUCGCCCUCGGACUACGCGCUCGCGUCCCGCGCGUCCCGCUCCUGGUCCACGUUCGCGAGCGUCGGGGCCCCCGGGCUGCCGGGCCGCGACACGUUCGCCGGGUUCGCGCCCGCGUUCCCGAUCGCCGCCGCCGCCGAGGGAGAGGCAAAGGAGGCCGGCGGGGAGCAGAAGUGGCUGGGAGACUACUUCCUGUUCGUCGCAGGCGGGCCGUUCGAAGGCCUGUCUGCCGUCGAGGGCCCCGCCGCGGAGCCCGCGGUCGCGGCGCAGAAGCUGCGCGAGCGCUGCGCGUUCCUCAACUCCUAUGAGAUCGUCCAGCAGCUGAGAUAUUAAUGCGUGGGUGGUUGUCUGGGUGCUAGCUAUUUCGAAUCACCAUGACGUGAGUCGUCUAGUGCCUACAGGAAGAAUACAAAAUAGGGUUUAUCUAUUACCAAGUCUGACUUGUCGCUCUCCGUCUCAAUCAAGGCCUUACGCUACUGAUAAGCUCUCCCUCGGGCCCCUUUCGUAAGGUUUUAAACCUAUAUCUAUAAAUGCUAUAUGCCAUGCCUAGUAAUGCUACAAUGUCCAAAAACGCCUUUGAUGCAUGCUUUCGUAU